AUGAAUUUAUAACAAUUAAUAGGAACUGGUCCCGACUUUAUAAAAAGAAACUGUCAUAACUAGUUGAGUAAAUUUGUCUAACAGCUGCAUUUAAAGUGUUUGCCGAAGCCAUUGCCAUCACAUUAAUAAGACAAUGCAUCUAAAGGAACAGCUUGGAAUUCUGGUGAUUAUUUUAGAAAUUUGUAAAGGCAUUGGUUGGUGUUCUGGAUUACAUAUUGGUGCUCUUGAAGGAGAAAUUGCCAUUUUAACUUGCAAAGAGAACACACGAAGUUGGAGUGAGCUACAGAAUUUUGGUUAUACAGUUGAAUGGAGUGUAAAUACAAGUAGUGGGUUUUUGAAACUCACACAAACAGAGAAGGUGUUCUUUGAAUUCAAUACCCUCAGAUUGCUGGGAGUUACAUUAAGCAAUACUGGAGUGUAUAAGUGCACUCUAAGAAAUGAAACAGAUAUUGUUGCAUCCGAACAACUUGAGUUGGAAGUGUACAAUGGAAAGUGCUACAACAAAAAUUAUGAAUACUUACAUUCCAGUUUUGUAAACAAGGCCACUAAUCUCAUCUGUCCAGAGAUGGAACUGUUCUCCAGUACUAAGCAUCGUGUAACAUGGGUGAAGGACUGCGAUCAAAUAAUUACAUCCAAAAAGAAAAUGCAUAUUGCAAGAACACAAAAAAUACACGCUGGGCAUUACACCUGCAUAUAUUCUGUUGAAUAUGAUGGAAAAGAAUACAAUAUAUCAAAAACAAUAAACCUGGUUGUAAAAGAUUCUCCUGAAAGUAUGGACCCUAAGAUGACAUUUCCUAUUGGAAUGGUUAAAAUUGAAGUAGAAAUAGGUAAAGAAACAACAAUCAACUGCACAGCAAUUCUGUAUAAAAAUGACGAAUUGGUAACUCUGUAUUGGCAAAAGAACGAUUCCUUUCUUCCUGAGUGUGAGGACAACAACCAUGUAUGUUCAGAAGAUGGAACUAAAGAACAUACAGAAACGCAACCUCAUAAUUCAUAUCGGAUGAUAUCACCAUUAAUAUUUAAAAAUGUUCAAGAAGAACACCUCAAUAUGAAAUAUGACUGCAUACUAAGUAGCACUACGAAGGGUGGAAAUGGAUCAAUCGUCUUAAUAAAAAAAAAAGUUAUUUCUACAGACAUCAGUCAAAGCUCCUUCUCUUCUGGAAUUAUAAUGGUAGUUGUUCUUAUGAUUACCAUUGUCACAGUCAUUGUUAUCUGUGUAUUACUAAAAGUAGAUAUCGUCCUUAUCUACAGAGCCGUCACAGGCAAAGAUGAGACUAUUGGAGAUUUCAAGGAAUAUGAUGCAUAUGUAACUUACGAUAAGGCUAGUAGUACUUCGUCCUGUGCUGAAGAGGAAAGGACUUUUGCGCUUGAGGUGCUGCCUAAAGUUCUCGAAGAACAACUGGGUUACCAGCUGUGCAUUUAUGAGCGAGAUGUCCUUCCUGGGGGAGCUUUUGUUGAUGGUGUAUUGGAAUACAUUGAAAAAAGCAGAAGAUUAAUAAUGAUUCUGAGUGAGGAAAAUAUGGACGGAGAAAGACAAUAUGAAUUAGUAACUGGUCUGCAUAAUGCAUUGGUUGAUAGAAAAAUAAAAAUCAUAUUAAUUGAGUAUAAGCCUUUAAAGGAUCUAGGCUCCUUACCGGAGUCACUCCAACUACUUGUGAAGUCCAAUGGGACGGUAAAAUGGAAGGACAGUGAGUCCAUGAAAGUCAAUUCACGGUUUUGGAAGAAAGUGCAAUACCUGAUGCCAGCAAAAAAACAUGUUUCUUCUGAUCCAGAAGAAGUGAAAAUGCUCUAAAAUGUAACCACUAUAGCACAUCACUUAGUCAUCAAUAAUGUACCUUGCAGCCCUGAGACAUGUGUGAACGCAUUCUGAGCCAUACAUUAUUCUAUUUACAGUAUAAUAUAUUCAAAGGUUUUUGUUUGUUUGUUGUUGUUUUUUUUUGGGGGGGGGGAAGGGGGGAUUAUAAAAUAGGAGAAAGACUGAUACAAAUAAUUUACUGUCACCUAUAUGAUUCAGUUUUGAUCAGAGCACAAAGCACUACUGCUAACAAAGUCACAGACUGGCACAUUGAGCCCCAUGAAGUGAUUUUGGUGCUAAACAUUCAAAAUGUAACUUUAUUAACAUGUUCCUGAACGAUUUUGUUGACAGUACUUGUUUGCCAUUGUGCUUCAAACUAACCUCCGACGAAUCUUAUCAAAAUCGCAAAUGCUAGUUAUUGAAUACAUUAUAAAAUAGGAACAAUAGUGUUAUCAUACAAUUACAUCAUAAGAGAAUUCACAUAGGACUUUUUUGCAAGUGUACACCUGACAUUAACAGUAUGUUAAAAGUGAGUCGUCAACCACAUUGGCAAACAUUUUCAGGUUUAGCCACCAUUUGAACAGAGCUAGAGAUCACGAGGUAUGUACAUUUGUUUAAAGGUUUUUAUUUUAUUUUGCUGACUAAUUUGUAAUGUUCUGUUAUUGUUAGAAGUUAUGAUUAUGAUGGUAAUGCCGAAUUUGAUAUUUUACAAUAUUCAAAUAGAGUGUAUGCAUUGUGUAUGUUAUUUAAUUGUGUUGUACACUUUUAAAACUAUGACUAUACAUAUUUCUAUGAACUGUUUUUAUGCACUGUAGGAUAACAUAUUCAAGUGUCUAACAUGGUUACAUGUGCAUGACUUGAAAUGCCAAGAAGCAUAAACCAAAUAGAACAAUUCUUACUUGAAAAGCAUUUCAAAUGUUUGCUUUUAAAUCUUUGUCGUCAAUAUAUAGUAUUUUUACAUAUAUUGCUUUCUCUUGUGACUCAUUUCACUAGAACAGUAUAAUAAGCCUGCACACUAUAUAUAUAUAUAUAUAUAUAUAUAUAUAUAUAUAUAUAUAGGUAUAGAAACUCUUUUACAUUCUUAUUUCACUUCAUAUUUUCAAAUACCGACGUUUUACACAGAUCUCAGCUUAAUUGAAAAUUGCAACUGUUGAAAAGAGUUAUCAUACAGUACAUAAACAUUCACAUUUUGAUAUAUUUAUAUAAUAGUUGCUAACUGUAUGUAAUUGGUUUUUAAAGUUAAUUGUUUUGAUUUUGGUUUCUUCUAAGGCGAGGCAUGAUUUCAGCCUCAGUAUAAAAGGCUGUGACAGAGUAAUGGGGAGAAGGGUUUGGAGAGAUGGGUGUUGUCCAGGCUAGACACAGCUAUAUAUAUAUAUAUAUAUAUAUAUAUAUAUAUAUAUAUAUAUAUAUAUAUAUAUAGUGAGACAGCCUCCCUGAAGAAAAACAUGUGCGGAAUGCACAUUUGUUUAGUUUAAUUGUUUUGGUUUAUUGUUUAAUUGUUGAAUCGUUGAAUUUAAUUUGUUAAUUGUUUUAUUAUUAAUUAUCCCCUGCACCUGGUAAAUAUUGUCAAAUUAGGACCAGGUGCAGGGUAUUUGAGAGAGGCAGCUAGCCUGCUUAUGGCUGCUGUGUAGAAGGAGGCAGAUGAGGUACUCUGCUUCCGAGCAGGCUGAAAAAAAAAAAAAAAAAAAAAAAAAAAAAAAAAGCUGUGUGAACCUGUGUGUUUGUGUUGUGGUGGCAGGUAAACGGCUUAGCUGUCCUGCAAGUUAGUCAGGGACUUUUCGUGUAUAGUCAGUGCUCCAAAAAAUCGGAGUUAGGUGUUUAUUUCGUGUUGUUUUUAUUUUGUGUGAAUUAAAAAUAGCGUGUUAGUGCGGAAAAAAAUCCAUUCAUUUGUGUUGGGUCGUGGUUUUAAAGGGGCAACGAACCCGUGUGGCAGCGAGCGUUUUACAAUAUAUAUCUAUAUAUAUAUAUAUCUAUAUAUAUAUCUAUAUAUAUAUCUAUAUAU